AUGAAGUUUAAGCCACAGAAGUCAAGGAGCCUCUCGCUGCGGAAAGGGGAGAGGAAUGACAGAGUCACCUUCACCAUCGGCGGAGAAGUCAUCCCCCUCAUCGCGGACCAGCCCAUCCGAAGCCUGGGUAGACUCUAUACAUCUGGUCUCUCAGACAAGGACAUGGGGAAAACCAUCCUUCAGCAGCUUUCAGAAGGCCUGUCAAAAAUUGACUCAAGCCAGCUACCUGGAAAGCACAAGGUGUGGUGCUAUCACUUCACCCUGUACCCGAGAGUGAUGUGGCCUCUGAAACUGUGCGAAGUCACCUCAUCAGCCGUAAGCCGGAUGGAGGCAAAAGCCAACUCCUUCAUCCGCAAGUGGCUCGGACUGCCGCGAUGUUUCUCUGCAGCUGGCCUAUAUGGUCGGAACUCACUCCAACUACCGCUGAAAUCCAUCACGCUGGGAUACAGGCAGGAGAAGGCGAGGUUGGUGAUGGAACUAAGGGACUCCUCCGACAGGACAGUGGCAGAAGCAAAUGCCAGAGUUGCAACAGGAAGGAAAUGGAAGGCUGUGGAUGAGGUCCAGAAGGUGAUGGGCAGGCUGCAACACCAGGAAGUUGUGGGCAGGGUCCAGACAGGGCGGGCAGGCCUUGGAUGGACAGACCCUCCCAUUCUGUGGUCCAAGGCAAACAGAAAGGAGAGAAAGGACCUUGUUGUUGCUGAGGUCACCAGAGUGGAACAGGAGGAGCUCAGAGUGAAAUCUGUGGCACAGGGGCAGCAGGGGCGCUGGACGAACUGGGAGGGUGUCACGAACCGAGCAAUGAACUGGGCAGACUUCUGGAAAGUGCCACAAGCUCGACUCAGUUUCCUCAUCAGAGCGACCUAUGACACACUACCUAGCCCCCAAAAUCUCCAUCAGUGGCUUGGAACAGAGCAAUCCUGCGACCUCUGUGGGACCAUCAAUGCCUCCCUCCAGCACGUCCUGUCAGGAUGCAAAACAGCUCUGACACAGGGUCGGUUCACAUGGCGGCAUGACCAAGUUCUCAGGAAAUUGGCAGAGGUGCUGGAGAGAAGUCGCCAGGAGGCCAACAAGCUCAGUCCAUCAAUGAAAGAACACAGGAUCCACUUCCUUAGACAGGGGGAACCUGCAGAACACUCCAGCAAGAGACCACCACCCACCAAGCUGCUAGCACCAGGGGCGGAGUGGAAGAUGGAGGUGGAUCUGGGUAGACGGCUCCAGUUCCCACAGGAGAUCUGCACCACCACCCUAAGACCAGAUGUGGUGCUGUGGUCUGCAGCCACAAAGUCAGUCCUGCUGAUCGAGCUGACAGUGCCAUGGGAGGAGGGACUGGAAGCUGCCUACGAAAGAAAGAUGGCAAAGUAUGCUGACCUGGUUGCGGAGUGCAGGGAAAGUGGGUGGAAAGCGAGGACAUACCCAGUGGAGGUGGGAUCAAGAGGAUUCCUUGGCAGCUCCACGUCUCGCCUACUCAAGGACGUGGGGCUACGGGGAGCCAGAUUGAGUAAAGCCACAAAAGAACUCUCAGAGGAAGCAGAGAAGGCAAGCCACUGGCUCUGGUUGAGACGACAAGACAAGUCUUGGGGGGGGGACAUCAAGCUAAGUUUGGCUGCAGGGGGUGUCAGGGAGACGUCCCUGUACACUGCCCCGCCACCAGGAGAUGUUCUGGGUAAGGGGCGAAACAUCCGUGAACGGUGGUCCCCAGCUGAAGACCCUGCAGCGAAACCUAGCUCCCUUUCUUUGGUACGCGGUCAGGUUUAGACCUGGCUCAGGGAAGAGGACGCCCCUGCCACGCACAGUCCACCAUCGGCACCGUUGGAGGUGCGACAGCCCUAAGGGUUAG